CAACAGAUACUCCAAAAACUUUAACUGACUCUCUUAAGAUGGCGAUUUGUAGAACUUCUGACAUACUCAUGCUUGCUUGACUUAAGAAUGCCUGAAAUGUGGAAGAUGUGCCGAAAAAUUAUCAAUGAGAACAUAAUCUUUCUCUGUACAACACCGUUAUCUAACUCCCAACAGUAUACCAAUUACUCGAUUUAUAGGUAUUCAGUAUUGAAGAUUGCAGAACAGAAUUAAGUCCAUUUAGUAGUAUUCUAAAGUAGUUCAUGCGAAGAUGUCAUUACCAAGAGAUAUUUUACAAAAAUAUUCAAAAUUUAUUUAUUUACCGUUAAUCUGCCUAAUCGCGUUAACAACAAUAUAUUUCGUACAAAGUGAACAAAAGCGCUUAUGCAAUGAAAUCCUAAAACUCAGAUCAGCUAAAGAAAUUUUCAAUGAAAAACCGUUAAUAUUUUGUCUAAUUGUGCUCGUUUAUCCAGCUGACCCGAGCAUAGCGCUGAAAGUCAAAAGAACCUGGUCCACGCACUGCAGUCGCGUGCUAUUCGUUAGCCAGCAUCAGCACGAAGUGCUUGAACCGUUGGUCAUACUCCAGCCGAAGACUACGCGGGAACAUAAAUGGCAGCGUUUACGUUUGGCGCUGCGCUAUCUCUAUGAGAACCACUUCGACGAAGCCGACUGGCUGCUCAUCGCCGACGAAACCAACUAUGUGGUUUUGGAAAAUUUGCGCAAAUUGUUAAAACCAUAUUCCCCCGAUGAGCCCAUUAACUUUGGCUGUAAAAUGAAGGAUACCGACAACCAGACAUAUAUGCGUGGCGGCAUAGUGCUCAGCCAUGAGGCUUUGCGACGUCUGGUCGUCGAGGGUUUCACCAACGCCAGCCUUUGUAGAGCAAAUGAUACCCCAUACGCCACUGAAGAAAUGGGCAAAUGUCUAAAAAAUUUAGGCGUUGUUGAUGGUGACAGUCGUGAUGCCAUGGGACGUCAGCGUUUUAUACCUUUCCCUCCGGAAGAUUAUCUAGCCAACUUGUCACCGGAAGUGGAGGAAUGGUUUGCAAAACGAUCAUUCUAUGAAAUCAAUGCCACCACGAGACAAUUGUCACCCGAAGUUAUUUCGUUUUCGGAUGUUUCUCCAAGCACAAUGGUGACUCUGCAUUAUUAUAUUUACAAGUUGAGAAUAUUUGGCAGAAAGGUGCUCCCUCAAGCUCAAAAUGUUACGAAUCAUUUGGAAAACGACACAUUGCUUUCUUAAUUUAAUUGAUAGAGAAUUUUUUAAUUUAAUUUAUUUUACUUUACACCAUUUCUGGAAAAAAUUGUAGAAUCUAGAUGUAUUUUAUAUAUAAGAAAUUAGAAAUAUAAUAUUCGAAG